AUGAUGAAGGGGACUCAGGGGAGGAGGCUCUUAAGGGCAUGCAUGAGAAAGUGGAGAAAGAUGGGGAAAAGAGUGACACCUUGUGCAGGCCGUGACAAGUGCUGUGAAUGGGCCUUGUGGGCUUCUGCCACGUACGCAGACAACCCGAUUCCAAAAGAUGUCCCAAAGGGUCACUUGGUAGUCUAUGUGGGUGAGAAUUGCAAGAGGUUUGUGAUCAAAAUAGGGAUCCUCAAUCAUCCACUCUUCAAGGCUUUGCUGGAUCAGGCCAAGGAUGAAUAUGACUUCACCGCCGACUCCAAACUCUGCAUUCCUUGCGACGAAACCCUUUUUCUCAGCGUCGUUCGCUGCGCUGCCUUGCCGGAUGGUCGAAGGAUCUCCCUGUGCCUUUGA